GGACACGUUACACUCCUAAUAUGGUGUUUCUACGAUGGAACGCUUUAUUAUCAUAUUUUUUAUGCUAAUGUCAUUCUAAUACCCAGCUGUAUGCAGUAGUAGUAGUAAGGCAUAUGCGCAGUGUGUAAAAAGACAACGGCGAAGAUUCAAAGUUUUUGUUCGGGUUCUCAUUGAUCAUCAUGUUUGGUUUUCACAAGUCUAAGAUAUAUCGCAGCCAUGAAGGAUGUUGCAUUUGCAAGACCAAGUCCUCCAGUUCACGCUUUACUGACAGCAGCAGAUAUGAAGAAACCUUCAGGCUAUGUUUUGGGUUGUCAGAGGAUCGUGUGGGAGACAUCUGCAAUGCCUGUGUGCUGUUAGUAAAAAGAUGGAAAAAACUGCCAAAGGGCUCUAAGAAGAACUGGAACCAUGUUGUGGAUGCAAGAGCUGGGCCUGGCUUCAAGCUAACCAAACCCAAGAAGAUGAAGAACAGUGAUGGGAAGAAGAAAAGCAAACUGAAGAGGCUUCACAAAUUCAAAAGACAAAACUCGGAUGCCCACAGCACGACCUCCAGCAUGUCUCCAUCCCAGUCCCCCAGCUACGAGUCAGAUGACGGCUCAGACAUUGAGUCCAAACAGAGGCGCCCCACUCCUUCUGUCUUUUCCUUCCUGGACCGUUCUUACUGGAAAAGACAAAAGGUGUGCUGUGGGAUUGUCUACAAAGGGCGUUUUGGUGAGGUGAUGAUUGACCCGCGUCUCUUCAAGCCCUGCUGCAGCUCCAAGAAGCAGGAGACGUUGAUUCCCAUGCAGGACACGCACCUUCCCCUUCCCGCCAUUCACCCCCGCCUCUCCCGCUACCAGAGGCCCUGAAAGAGGACUGGUGAUGGCUCUUGAGCACCCUCUUGGGGUGACCAUGACACCCUACAAGUUGUCUCCAGUGGCAGACUACCCCCCCCCCCCCAAAAACCAUUCCCUAUUAGUUCACUGUGCAUUUAGAUGGCUAAAUGAUUUUCCUAUUUUUGCUUUGAUAUGUGUAUUUGUAAUUUUUUUAAACAUAUAAUUCAUUUUCUUGUCUUCUUUUUUUUAAAGAAAACUAAAAAGAACCCAAAAAAAAGUUUUUAUAAAUGCAUUAGUUGUACUAUUUAUAGGAUGAGGCAGAAUUCUAUUUGGCCUUGAAGGGCACACUAUUCAGGUCUGAUUAAUUUGGUUUGCAACAUUUAAAGCGUCUUUUCUGUGUUACGGUUACCAGCGUUUGUAUAUAUUAUGUUAUUUUUGCCAGCAUCCAGACUUGUUUUUUUAUUUUUUACAGCUGUCUAAUUGGCAAUGAAGUAUUCUUGUGCUGAUCUGCAAGACUCCACCAGCUAGAUUUCUAAAACCAGCUUAUUUGCAUUGAUGGAAUGGACAUUUUAAGUCUUAUACUUGUUUUCCCCUGAAACUCAAGCAGAUUUAAUUCGAUUUAUAGCAUCUUAAUAUAUAAAGGGUUAUGGGCUAAGAGUAUUUAGGGGUCUUCAGUGAAUUUAUACAUUAUGAAUGGCCUUUUAAAUGUAUACAUGCAUGUGUUAUCACACUUUCCCACACAUGCAUGGUUUAGCAAGCACUGAGUAGUAUUGUAUGUUGUCAGAUGUGUUAACACUCCAUACCAUGAGCGUAUCUAUUGCUUUUCCAGCAAUUUCAUGCAAGUGAAUCACGAUAGAUUGAGUUCGACCAAGCAUGCAGAACUCCUCUUUGUCUUGGAAUGAAAACCAGCAAUUAUUUAUUUGUAGUCUUCCAUGAGCUGAAAAUGCACAUUUUUAUAACCAUAUGUUGAAAUGUUCUUGUAUAUACACUUGUGAGUGUUUUGGCUAUGAGAACUAUUUUAAAUUACAAUGCAUCUUUUUAAACCACUAUGUGUACAGAUGUGGAAAUAUUUAGAUUGAGGCAUUAUUUUAUGGCAUCACUUGGUCAAUAAGUGGCUAGCCUAAUCCCCAAGUUUGUCACAACACUUCAGGGGGUUGUGUUUGGUAAGGCACAAUGCAGCAAAGCUUUAGCAACCAAUUAUGAAAAUUAGCAGUGUGGUGUUGGACAACUUCCGGCAGUAACACAGUUUGUGCCUGCUGAAUACCACCCAUAUCUUUGUCCUGUGAGUUGAAGGCUAAAGCAAUACUUACACUAUUAAUGUUCUGUGUUUGUUGGCAUCUUGUUAUUCUGUUAUUGAACGUGUAUUUUAUAUUUUACAGAAGCAAAUCAAAGCUGAGACUAUGCAGACAUUUUGAAUGUGAGAAAUUACCAAAAUGUUAAAAGAGCAACAUUUGUAAGUCCAUCUCCGCUUCGUAGCAAAAUGUUUUUUUCUGCGUUUCAUUGUUUUACAUCGAUAUUUCAUAAUUAUAAUGCGGCUUUGCCUCAAGCGACAACAUACGUUUCUGGUUCGUUUUCUAUACAUUUCUGGUCAGUGGUCGAGUCAAACUAAUCAGGUGUGUACCUCUUAAAUAAUGCACAGUUUUGCAGUAAGUGGCGUGAAUUAUUAUCGUUCAUUUGAAAUAACUUACGUUAAUUUUAACUCGGGAGGUUCCUAGUUCCGACUAGCACGUGAACGCGUCAGACAUGCAGACCGGUAGCCUGAGUGCCAGUCUGUCUGUUCUGUCAUGCCAACUUCUUGUUACUCAUUGUCAUGCCAAACAUAUAGCUUGACACUGAUAUCAGUGGAGUUUGCAAGAGCACAAACUGAUCUGGCACCUGGCUAGUAGACAGGGUAUCCUGUUGUGCAAAGUUAUUUAUUUGCUAUAACUGAACUAAAUCAGUAGAAUGGUUUGUGUCAAUAUACUGUAUAACCUUGGUUUUCAAAACAGUUACUUUUGUGUAGCAGGUUAGUUGAGUGUUUUAAAUCUUUCAAUGAUUCUUAAAUAGUGUCAUUAAAAGGAGAGCUGAUGCUUCCUUUUAUCAAGAUGGAAAUUCUUCUUCUGUUUUUGUAUAUAGGGAAAUGACUAUUUUAUUGGUGUUUGCAUGGCACAUUUGAUCAUAUGUGUGCCUUAUAAGAACGAACAUGCCUUUUACAUCAUGAAAUUCAAUCUGUAAUGUCAUUUAAUAUUUAUUUAUUUCAAAUCCAUUUGUAAAACUGAUGCUGUAAAUUGAACCGUUAGGACCUUCAAGUCAUUUUCAUUUUGUGCACUUCUUUCGGUUUUGUUUUUGUCUAUUGUUAUUCUGUAUCUCCACAACUGCAUUUGUUCUGUCUUGUAAUAAAACAUAAAAUAUCA